AUGGCAGGUGGGUGGGCAGAUUUACCCAUGGAUCUCCUUGCAAUAAUUGCAAAUCAUAUUGAAUUACCUAAAGAUUUCAUAUUUUUUACUUGUGUUUGUACCUCUUGGAAAAUUGCUACUACCCUUGACCAUAAAUUUGAUAUAUUUUUUACCCAAACUCCUUUACUUAUGUUGGCUGACAAACGUGAUGAUUAUCGAGAAUUUUACUCUCUUAUCAAGCAGAAAGUUACUCCCCUGUUCCUCCCAGAAGCUAGACAACGACAUUGUUGUCCAUCGGAGGGAUGGCUCUGCACCAUGGAUGAUAGUACCGGAGAGAUGAACUUGUUGCAUCAUUUGUCCCGUACCCAAAUUCAACUUCCUUCACGAGAUGACUUAAUGGCUUCUAAUGGUCUCGGAGAUCAUGAAGUGCUCUGGAACCUCAUGGAGAACGCUAUCUUAUCUGCAAGUCCUUCCGUUACCUCAGAUUAUGUACUCGUGGUUAACUAUCACGCAAAUAUUAAUCGUUUGGCUUUUUGGAGACCUGGAGAUCUCAAUUGGACAAAUAUUAAGAUGAACAAUGUGGGUGCUGUCAUGGGUAUCAAUUAUUAUAGAGGUAAAUUCUAUUAUGUUACAGCUCGUGGUGAAUUUUGGGUUUUCGCAGUUCAACCAAACGCAGUAGAGCAACACUUGCUUUAUUGGUCCCAACAUGAUAUAUUUCUUCAGCAUUCAGCUCAAUAUUACCUGGUCGAGCUAUCCGAUAAACUAUUAUUUAUUACCCGAUUUGCUCAUUAUCCAGAGCUUCAUAGAUAUAAGACCUAUAAAUUUAAAAUCUUUGAAGUAGAUGCAAUCAAGGGUGAAUUAAAGGAGGAAGAUGAGAUUAAAACCUUGGGAGAUUCAGCUAUUUUUUUGGGUUUUAAUACAGGAACAUGUUCAAUUGACUCUUCUAAAUUUCCUGGAAUCAAGCCUAAUUAUAUAUAG